CGUUACCCAAGAUUUUAAUCACUCCGUCGAAUUAAUUUCUCUGAGUACUUGCAAAUUUCUUGCUUAUUAUUAUUCUUAUGGAGAACCAAGCAAAAAGCUUCACUGUUCUCAUGCUUCCAUGGCUGGCUCAUGGACAUGUUUCCCCUUACCUUGAGUUAGCCAAAAAACUCAUCGCUAGAAACUUCAUCAUAUACUUGUGUUCUACCCAUGCAAAUUUGGCUUCAGUCAGAUCAAAACUGGAUGAAAGUUUCUCCCAAUCAAUCAAACUAGUUGAACUUCAUCUUCCUGAAAGCGAUGAACUUCCUCCUCAUUACCACACCACCAAUGGACUCCCAGCCAAUCUGAUGUCCACCCUCAAAGAUGCCUUCGAAAAGGGUUGUCCAAAUUUUUGCAGGAUUUUGAAAAAUUUGAAGCCUGACCUGGUUAUAUAUGAUCUUCUUCAACCAUGGGCGCCAAUUUCUGCAGCUUUUUACAACAUCCCCGCGGUUGAAUAUAUUACUAAUGGAAUUGCGAUGACUGCACUUGGCUAUCACUCUCUUGUUUCUCCAGGUACCAAGUUCCCUUUUGAAUCUACUAUCUUUUGUCGAGAUUAUGAAUCGGAUUUCGCUAAAAGAUUGCUUGUGCACGACAAAGAUACAAGGCGUGUCAUGCAAUGCAUGCAAAGAUCUAAUGAUAUUGUCUUAGUGAAGAGUUUUAAGGAGAUUGAGGGUAAGUAUGGUGAUUAUUUGUCCACUUUAGUUGGGAAACAAAUUGUACCCGUUGGUCAUUUGGUUCAAGAUCCUGUCUUUAAUGAUGAUGAUCAAGAUUGUGAAGUUAUGGAAUGGCUUAACGAGAAGGAAAAAGGAUCGACUAUAUUUGUUUCCUUUGGGAGUGAGUACUUUUUGUCCACCAAAGAUAUGGUGGAAAUUGCUCAUGGUUUGGAAAUGUCUAAGGUUUAUUUUAUAUGGGUGGUUAGGUUUCCUAAGGGAGAGAAUAUUUCCCUUGAAGAAAUCUUGCCGGAAGGAUUUUUCACUAACCUUGAAGGUAGAGAAAUUGGAAUUGGAAUUGAGGUUUUGAGAGAUUCAAGUGCUAACCUUCAUAAGGAUACAAUAGCAAAAGUAAUUAACCAAGUGGUGAAGGGAAUUGAUGGAGAAAAGGUUAGAAACAAGGCAAGAGAAUUGAGUGAGAAGAUUGGCUCCAAAGGAGAGAAUGAAGAGCUUGAUGAAGUGGUGAAGAAGCUGGUGAAACUUUGUCUAUUGAAGAACAAGAAGAUCUACCCUUUACCAAAUGAAGAACAAGACUUGUCAAAGGAUGAUUAA